AUGAACACAAACAACCCAGCACAAAAGUGGCCGCCAUUGGUGAAACCUACUCUCAAAAAGCCCGAACCGGUGAAAGGAAAAUCUCUAACGAGACUAAUAAUCAUGAAUAAAUUCCAAGGCGAUAACAAAGUCCGCAGAGCUGAUGAACCGGUACACACGGGAGAAAAGAAACAACAAUCGCUGAGAUCUCGAAAACCCAUCCAGGCACCUGCGGGCAGGGAAUCCUCGUCUCCGGAGCCAAGGCCGCAAGGACGAAGAAUAAAGUCAGCAGUAGAGGAGAAGGAGGAAGAAGAAGCAGAUAUAGACACGAACCUCUCUCCUAAGGCUUCAAAACCUACGUAUGAGGCCGAUGACCUAGACAGUGAUCAAGACGACAAGCGAGAAGAUGAAGGUAGUCCUAUAAAAGACGAUAGUGCCCUCAAAGACGAAAUCCCAAAUUUUCCUCUUUUAAAAUUGAAAGGGCACACCUUCCCUCGCGAAAAGGUGAUCGUUUCGAAUAAUGCCACAAGCGACGAUGAAGACGACGAGCUCCUCGAACGGUGGGCGGCAGAGCCGGUACUUGAGUCUGUCAGGAGCCUACGGAGUAUUAUACACCCAAACCAUCAAAUAACUACAGAAAAGUAUAGUGUGAUAGAGGAGGAGGAGGAGGAGGAGGAGGAGGAGGAGGGGGAGAAGGGGAAGGAGGAAGGGGAAGGGGAGGAGGAGGAAAAGGAGGGGGAGGAGGGUCUUAAUCCCCUUUACAAUCCCGAAGAUCCUAUUUAUGAGCUCGAGGAUUGGGACAAAGUUUAUCAUCCAGAAGAGCUGUAUCAUAGGUUAGACCAUAUGCAGUCUAUUGGUGGAAUUGAUGAUGAGGAAGGGUAUACUCUUGAAGAAUUAAUUGAGGAUAGAGAAGAAGAAGAUGAGAAGGAAGGAGUGGAAUGGGCGUUAUGGACUAUUGCGGCAAUUAUAGUCGUUCUUAUUGCGAUUGGAACUGUCGCUUUUGGGGUUGGAUGGAAACCUUCCAGUCUCUUGGAACAGAUUAAUCAGAGCCCAAUGAGACUUCCAGGUCUGGGUACGAGACAACCAAUGAGACCAAAUAGUCCUAGAUAUACGAAUAUUAAUGUUCCUCAGAACCCCCCUUCCAGGUCUGGGUACGAGACAAAGAACCCCCCAAAUUCGAAGGUGAGGGUACCUCCUAGGUUACGGGCGGCGCCGAGUAACUUUAGAGGCUCGAAGGGGAUAGUCUGGUAUUUUUUCAGAGCGGGUGGGAUCAUCAAGGAGACGUUCACGACGACGAGUGGAGUGACAUAUAUCACCAAUAAGGUGAUAGACAAGAAGACUAUUUGGGAGAAGAUUAAGAACGGGGAUUUAAAGAAGACGGCUUUGGAAAGGGUUAGGAAUGGAGAUUUGAAUGGUUUAUUUAGGGGGAAGAAGAGGAAAUGGUGGUAG